GACGAUGAUGACGACAAUGAAGAAAAAAAUGAGAAAUUGAACAAAGCCCUGAAGAAUAUCCUGGACAAAGGUAAACGUCCAACGACAACCAAGGAGGCCGAAGAGGAUUUCACGUGAGAGAUCGAAGCGACGGCUGUUUCUACAUCGGCAUGGGAGGUAAAAGCGCGAAACCCAAGAUUCCCUCCUAUGAGCCCUACCAGUGCUGUCCUGCCAAAGUCGCCCACGGCACCAAGGUCGCCAAGGCCACGAAAAUCAGUCCGACGACCAAGGACAAGGGCAAAGCUCAUGAGAGGUCCGAAAAGCUGGGAUUGCCCGGCCUGAAGCCGAUUAACAAACUCACCGCGAAGGAAAGCAGAAAAAUGGCGACGAUUGGGGUUAGCAAAUCAAGUGACCAGAAGGCCAAGAAAGGAUUCUUCGGAAACGUUAUGGACGGGCUUCCGUACAUCAUGAAAGUCUAAAGAACGAGGAGAAGGAAGCACGAGGUGGAGGACGAAAUGGAUCAAAGUGAGAGAGAGAGAGAGAGAAAGAGAAAACCGAUGUGUCUAAGGCAAGAAGAUGAUAAUGAGGAAGGAGAAUCGAGUAGAAGAGAGCAGGAAUCGUCCAAAUUCAUCGUCUAUCGAUUUUAGAUAGACUGACGAAGAAGAGAGGCAGAAACGUUGAAGAAGAAAAGAUCGUAAAAAAAAAAAAAGAAAGAAAAAUUUCGUUCUUUCUUGUUGAACAAACUUGUUAUCGUCAUUUUUUUGAUUCGUCAUCGAUAUCUCGAAACAUUAUCAUCAUCGAUGUAAUCAUUUAUCUCCUCCACGUUCAUCGUCACGAAUAAAUAUUUCAAAUUUCAUCAAGAAUUCAUGAUCGACAUCGAUCAUAGAGGAAUCAUGCGUCUUGCAUCCCUCAUUUAACAUUUUCUGUAAUCCCCCCCCCCAAAAAAAGAGCCAUAUUUAUUUUUCAUAUAAAUGUACUUACCCAAGCAUUCACCGCAAAACAAUCGUUCUUGUCGGAGCUUUCAUGAGAAAGAAAAAAAAAAAAAAAAAAAAAUCUGCAAAUAGAUCAGCGAAUCUAAAUAAUAUCAUCAUUACGCGUCACGUUUGAUUCACACAAUAAGUAUUGUUAAAACAUUAAAAAGAAAAAUGAACAACAAA